AUGGAAACCGAUGGGUCCCGGUGGAACUGUUACCCCGACGACACGGUAAGAUAUUCCUCGUAUGCAUCUUCACAGGAAAACUUGAAAUACGCGAAGUAUGAAAACUUUAAUUGCAGUGAGAUAUACGACACAUAUGGGAAAUUGUUCGGCGACAUCGGUGACUCGACAAAAUAUGUCAUUUCCCCAACCAAGUUGUCGCAGCGUGGUUUUGACUUUAGCACAAAUGGCGACAGGGAGUUCGACGGCAAUACGAUGCCCAUCAACGCGGAGGCAACCGAUUCCAAUGGCAGUCCAGUAGAAGGUAGAGCAGGCUCACUGAUGCUUAUAUCCGGCAGUCGUAACGACGACAAAGGAAAUGCAAAAACAGGAAACGUAGAGGGAAGAAGAAAAUGUACGGUGCCCGAGAUGUUUCAGCGUCCCUUGAGCACAUGCUUACUGUUGGAAAGGAUCUCGACUCCAUCGCGAGAUCGUAUCAAAAUGGUGUAA